CUGAUGGAUCCAAGUGAAGAUCCAGAUGACAUCUUGCAAGCUAACAGAUCCCAAGAAAAAACACUUGUAUUUGACAUGGGUUUUGAUCACAGACCAACCCAGGAGGAAGGAUAUGUGUCCACUACCAAAAGCCUGGUAGGAGGAGUCAUUUCUGGCUACAGUGCAACCAUUUUUGCAUGUGGUCCAACAGGAGCAGGAAAAACCUACGUGACGCUGGGGACAGACUGUGAACCAGGGAUUUACAUCCGUGCUCUUGAUGACCUCUUUAAGGCCCUCGAAGCUACCACGGAGGAGAUGGAUUACACAGUCUCCAUGUCCUACCUGGAGAUCUAUAACAAAGUGAUCCGUGACCUCCUGAACCCAUCCUUGGGGUUCUUAGACAUGAGAGAGGACCCCAGAGGCAGCAUCCAGAUAGCAGGAAUUAUGGAAGUCUCCACCAUGAAUGCUCAGGAGGUACCUUGGCGGUUCAUGAAAGGAAAGGAGCGACGCACGCGGGAACCCGCUGCUGCCAACCAGCCGUCCCGCAGCUCGCACGCAGUGCUGCAGGUGACGGUGACGCAGACAAGCCGAAGGAAAGCGAUCGGCGAGGAUGCGCGCAUCGGAAAGCUUCUCGUGGUCGGCUUGGCAGGGUCAGAGAGAGCAGCCCAGACUCAGAACUGGGGCAAGAGGAUGAAAGGAGCCCACAUCAACUGCUCACUGCUGGUUGGCAACUGCAUCAACGCUUUGAGCAAGAAGGGGGGACGGGCCCAGUUUGUCAAUUUUUGAGACAGUAAACUCACAUGUCUGCUGAAGGACUCGUUAGGGGGCAACAGCAGGCCUGUUAUGAUGGCACAUAUCAGCCUAGCCAGCACCUCCUCUGUAGAAUUGAAUGACCUUAUCUAUGUCUAAUGAGCAAAAAACAUCAAGACACAAGUAAAAUGUAACCUGCAGAACAUCUCCUGCCACAUCGAUCGAUGCACCAGCAUUAUUGCAGACCUCUGCAGGGAGACUGAGUGUCUGAAGCCAAGGGUUGAAAACAAGGAGAAGGAGAAAAGUGCAGUCAGCUCUGACCUCGGGGUUCUGCAAGCAGAGGGGCACCAAGGCUUUGAGGCACACAGUGGCCAAGUAACGAACACCUUGCGGGCACAGCUGAUGGGGGCUUUCAGGGGGCAAAUGGAGAUGCGUGGCAGCCCAAUGGAGCUGGAAAACAGCAACUUGGAGCUGCACGUUGAUACCUGCAGGCACCUUCUAACAGUCACAGAAAAGAUGGAGGGCAGGUUUGAGAUUGACCUGUGUGAUGAGGAAAAACGUAGGAGGGUGGUGUCUGCAAAAGGUACCCAGGGAUUUAAGUCCAAGGCUCAGGGUGCAUGUAAGUGUGACAAGCCAGCAAAGGAAGAGAAAGAUGAAAACACAGAGGAGAAAGACAGGGAAGUGGAUAUCGUAGAUCCACCUGAACCUCAUGAAGUUACAGUAGCAAGAGAAGAGAUCAACCUGCUGCUGGCAGAAGGUGGCCGUGAGGGUAAGGAGACAGAGCUGGAGCAGCACUCAGCAACUGCCAAGGAAAAAGCUUCCCAGAUGGAGGAGUUUUUCCCCAGACAAAUCACCAGUGAGGAUCAGCAGGAGGUGCAAAGGCUCCUCUGCAGAGCCCACGAGCUUGAGCUUGGCAACACAGAGCUGCAGGCAAAUACACUGCACAAGGAGAAUCCAUUGUGCCAGAAGGAUUUUGCGAUCCAGCACCUGCAGCAGCAUAUGCUACUCUGUGAAGAAAUUAUUCAGCAGCAGCAGAUGCUGAUAAAAGCCCAGAACAUUCUUGUCCCAGAGGCACUGGUGAGGUUACACCACCUGCACCUCUCUGAGUUGGAGGAGGGGACAUUGAACCACUUGCUUCUGCUACAUUCAAAGAUGUCCAGCGUGCUCAGGUGGCAGUUGCAGAUCAUCUACAACAACACCCUGUAA